UACCAAUACCUUCUUUAAACUGAAUUGUACUGUAUUCAGAUAUAUUGCAUACAGAUUCCAUUAAGAUUCUUGAAACCACCAUGGAAGAGGAAAGUUCGCAGUCAGUUAUUUCGGCAAACGACAGCAAUGUAGGGGAGUCAUCCUCAGAAACCAAAGGAAAGGUUGUAUCCCGAUUACAACUGAGAGAAAUCUUAAAGCGCGGCAUUGAGGCCCAAGAACGGCUCGCCUCGAGGAGGAGAGAGAAGUUGUACAUACUGUUAGUGCCCGGUGUAAUUCGUCUUAUAGAAAUCUUCCUUUCUAUGGUUAAUGUCGCUGCGUAUGGCUUCCUUUACACGUACUACGAAGUGAAAGGCACUGAAGCUGUACCUCCAUACUUCAUGGCUACAAGUAGAGAAACGUAUUUCUUAAUGGUUAAUUAUCACUCUUUAAUAGCAACUGUGAGUUUGAUAUGUGCUGCUACCAUAAGUCCCACAAACAAUGCAGCACUCUUGGGGAGCCUAUUUCUAUUCAUUUUUGACAUCAUCCAGUUCAUCUUUGUAACUUUGUCUGCCAUCACUGUCAUCUUGUUAUACGAAGAUCCGAUAUUUAAAACUACCUUUAAAGAUGGAUUAGCCAUGAAGAAAUUUCUAGGGGUAUGCGGGAUUAUCCUUGGCUGUUUACAUGUAGUUAGUGCAAUUUAUGACAUUGCUGUUUUCUUAUAUGUGAGAAAACAAAAUAAGUUAUCUGCUUUAAAUAGCUGAUAACUUCUCUAAGAGAAUUUCCUUUCUCACGUAUAGCAAAGACUGCACGAUAAAAC